CCAGAUGAAGAGCGAUUCACAAAGGAGGACCUGAGAUCACAUAUAUAUCAAAUAGAGAUGAUGGCUAAGAUAGAGAAGGUGGCAAUUCUAGUGGUGGCUGCUUUAGGAGCAAUAAUGCUACAAAUGACAGAAGCUGAAGAUUUCACAGUGGGUGACUCCACAGGAUGGAUCAAUAAUCCUCCUGGCGGCGCUUCUUUCUAUUCCAACUGGGCAAAGAAUUUCACUUUCAAAGUCAACGACACCCUUGUGUUCAACUUCCCAACAGGAAGACAUGUGGUGGCCAUAUUGAGUCAGGCAAACUUUGAGAAAUGCAACUUCACGAAGCCGAUUCAAGUGCUGAGCACAGGACCGGCGAGAGUGGCUCUGAACCGAAGUGGUGAAUUCUACUUUGCCUGUGCUUUCACCGGUCACUGUAACAGCGGCCAAAAGCUUAGCGUUAAUGUCGUCUCAGCCUCCACUUCUACUUCUCCUUCGCCUGCGCCAUCCCCUACCGCCUCACCGCCCUGCCAAUAACCAUUGUUUCUCUAAAUUAAUGAUAUGAGUUUUCUGUGUUGUGGAGUGAUAAUAAUAACAUUGCGUUGAAAGAAUAAAUUAACG